AUGGCCGGAAAGAACAAUAUAAAUAAACCAAAGAUCAAGUUGAAUGCAAACAGUCAUGCUAAACAUUUAGGAAGCAAAAGAGCUGCUCGCGCUCGUUCUAAUGCAUCUACCAGAUCAUCACUUGGAAGAUACGCUGAUAAAGCUACUACUGCACCAAGACCAACUGAUUCCGUUGCCCUUGCAUUAUAUACUGGUGAAACUCCAGGUCCAGUAAACACUAUGACUAAUGUCACCUUAUCCAAGAAGAGAGCUAAGAAGAUCGCUAGAAACCAAAAAUAUUUUGCUGCUAACAUCAAGACCAAGAGUGACGAUGUGACCAUGGAAAUCGAUAAUGAAACCGUUGAAGAAAAACAAAGUAAGUUGGAUCAAAUCAAGAAGGCUUUAUGGAGUGUUAUUGAAAACCACUCCAAGAAUGGUUACUCUGUUGUGGCUGAUGCCGAAGGUACCACUUUGGGAGUUCAAAGUUUUUAA